AGAGCAUGACUUCACCCGUCGUGCUAGUGACUGGUGUAACCACUACCCUAGGGAGAGCAAUUGUCCGUCGUCUAGCUUUUGCGGGUUAUAAUGUGGCAGCAGCUGGUCAGUGCGCCACAACAGUCAAUGAGAUUACUCUAGACAACAGAAAGGUUGGAGGAAAUGUUCUUGGUUUUGCUGUCAAUCUUGCGAAGGACAGCGAUAGAGCUGAGCUGCUUUCUCGGGUCGUCACUGAGUUGGGAUCGUUGGACUCUUUGAUUGUGGUUCCUCCAGAUAAUAAUGUUCACGGUGAUAUUAUAGAGACCACUUCCACACAGUUUGAUACGAUGUUCGAUGAUCGUCUUACUAUCCCGUUCAAAUUAACAAAAGCUGCUUUGCCGAUGUUGAUGAAGUCAAAGAUUGUUCUCUGUUGCAUCAACUUCCGUGCUCGGACUGACAAAAAAUGUGGCUGCAUGGUAUCCGGUGAUGGCUCUGGAGCUUUGUGGGAUUCGAAGAAAUCAGAUAAAGCAGUCAAUCAGUUGGAAUCAAUGAUACCUAUAGGUCGAUUGGGCAGACCAUCAGAUGCGGCUUCCCUCGUACAGUUUCUAAUCUCUCCCAAAGCAAGAUAUAUAACGGGUGAGAACUGUGUACUGAAUGGCGGUGUUUCAUUUAGAUUCUAG